AUGCCCCUUGGAGAGGGCACGAAUAUGAUGAUGAUAAGGAGUGAGAUCUUCAAUUUCCCAGGCAUGCGGUUCAAGUACAUACUAAUAGAUUUGAUGCACGUGGUGUGUCUAGGGAUUCUCCAAAAUCUCCUCGGCAAUUGCUUCUGGGAGUUGCAUUGCAGCUUGGGCGGUAACAUGUCGCCUGAUUCAACGGGGUCAAAAGGGGCUGUGAGCGUUUUGAGAUCACAGAUACGUUUGGGUUCAAAGUUUUUGGGCAUCGACUGCCCCGUGUACGCACUAACACUUCCCAUGUUCAGGGCGAGUGGCAAAGGUCCGAAGAUGAAGACGAAGGCAGGUGAGGGGAGACACUUGUUGAAAGUAUUGCUACACAUGCUUAUCACAUUCUACGAUCAGACAUCAGAACACAACGCCAUUCGUUUGAACUGCGUGCGCAGCCUUGCCGCAAUAUAUGACCAGCUCGCCGUGUGGGAUUUUGAUACGUCCUACAGUGAGUGCGCAGUGCUGGCGACCAAGCAUGUGCUACUGUAUGCUGAGCUGUGGAGGGAAGCGGCAGAAUUAGAUGAGUCCACGCUCCUGUGGAAAAUGAUUCCAAAACAUCAUUUAUUUAUCCACUUAAUGGAACACGAUCGUGGGAAUCCAAAGGAGGGGUGGAAUUACGGUGACGAAUCAGAGAUUGGCGUGGCAGUCGAUAUGUGCACGACGCUGCAUUGCAGGACCAUCGCCACGGAAGCGGUGCGAAAGUACAGGGCAACUACUGUUGAGCGCUGA